CAUGUAAUCUUUACUGCCUCUAUCUCUCUCUCUCUCCCUGUGUGUAUGUUGUUGAUUUCAACAUGCAAAUUUGCACAGCAAAGCUUUGCAGCAAUGCAGAGAACAAGUGUCCCUGAUGGAUAUGGGGACAGUGUCUUUGAACCAGUGUCAUGGGACAAGUAGCUAGGGAGCUGCUUGUGUUCCAGCAGACAGUAGAACUUAAUAGGAUUCCCAAAGGCACAAAAUCCCUUAAUUGGUUUACAUAAAACAAAGAAAGAAGUAAAUACCCCUGCAAAUGGACACCCAAGUGCCCAUCCAAUUGUCAGAGAGAGAUCUAGAGAGAGAGAGGGGCCAGCAAGUAUGCUCCAUUACGGUUCUGAAAAGAGGCUGAUUGGUGGGAAGGAAGAGAGAUGGCAUGGAAUUGGAUAAUCUCUCUCUCUCUCUCUCUCUCCCCCGCUCUCUCUCUCUCUCUCUCUCUCAUCUAUCUCUUGUGUUCCCAAGCCCAUACACUCUCUUUUUAAUGGAAUAAAUUCUACACUCAGACACCUCUUCACAUUUUCCAAGUCCUGUGAGAACUUAGUUUUUGAACUCCCCCUUCUACCUCUUUUGAUCAUAUCAACAUCUCAAAACCACUUCGAAGCCGAUAUAGAUUGUCUGCCAUGCCAUUCUGCUCAACCUCAUCUUUUGAAGAGAUGGAAAACGGAGAGAAAACACUGAAUGCCGCAGCAAACGACGUAGUAGAAGACGUCGUGAGAAGGUCAUUUCCUUGUCUAUUCUGUUCGAGAAAGUUUCACAGUUCACAAGCUCUGGGAGGGCAUCAAAACGCUCACAAGAAAGAAAGAUUCGCCGCGAGGAAAGCCAAAAGGGCUCCUUCUCCUUCUUCAUCCUAUGCAAUGAACAAUUUCUCCUCGUUCCCACCGCCCCCGCUUGUCUUCGCUCCGAACCAGCGUUUCAAUCUCCUCAAUCCCGCGAUGUACAUCAGCGCUCAUGGCGCCGCGUUUGGUCGGUUUCCGCAUCAGAGUUUCACGGGCGGGUUCGGCUCGAACGGCGCAGCCCGGUUCGAGAGCGGACUGUUCUUUGGAGGGAGCUAUUUGAACCAUUCUCAGGGUCAACAAUUUGGUGAAGACAGUGAUAUGAACUGUAUGAGGAAUCGUGAACUUGAGAAUGGAGAUCAUAGGGAUAAGAAUCAAAAGCUAGAUCUGUCUCUCCAUUUAUAGAUUAUGUGGAGAAUGGAAUAGUAGGGAUCCAAGUUCUGUUCUGUUUUGUUUCCCAUUAUGUGUUUUUGGUACUAUUAGACAAAAGGGUAUGGUUUAAUUGCUACAAGCAAGCUUCUUUC